ACCCCUCGGAGCGCCGGGCAGGAAGCAGGGCCGGCGGCCAUGGAGGUGGAGCGGGCGUUCCAGGCGGCGGGGGAGAUGGGCGGCUACCAGAGGUACCUGUGCUUCCUGCUGGCCGCGCUGCUGCAGCUCUAUGCGGCCUCCGAGGCCAUCCUCAUGGCGCUGGUGGGGGCCACGCCGCACUACCACUGGGACCCUGCCGGGCUCCUGCCUAACCAGAGCCAGAGCAACCAGUCCACGGUGGAGGCCUUCAGGAACUGGGUCCUGACGGCCAAUGGCAGCGAGCUCCACAAGCGCGUGCGCUUCAGCAGCAGCUUCACCUCCAUCGCCUCUGAGUGGUUUCUGAUUGCUGACAGAUCUUACAAAGUCAGUGUGGCAAGCUCCCUCUUCUUCAGCGGUGUGUUUGUGGGCGUUCUCUCUUUUGGCCAGCUGUCGGAUCGCUUUGGGAGGAAGAAAGUCUACCUGGCAGGUCUCUCUCUCGACAUCGUUUUUGCCAUUGCAAACGCACUUUCGCCCUCCUACGAGUUCUUCGCUGCCACCCGCUUCCUGGUGGGCGCCAUGAACGGCGGGAUGUCGCUGGUGGCCUUUGUCCUGCUCAACGAGUGCGUGGGCGCCGCCUACUGGGCAUUAGCAGGAUCCCUGGGCGGCCUCUUCUUCGCGGUGGGAAUCGCCCAGUGUGCCCUGCUGGGGUACUUCAUCCGCUCCUGGAGAACCUUGUCCUUGACACUUAACCUGCAGGGGAGCGCUGUCUUUCUCUUGUCUCUAUCGAUUCCCGAGUCCCCCCGCUGGCUGAACUCCCAGGGCCGCGUGCAGGAGGCAGAGGAUGCGCUCCGCCUGCUGGCCAGGAGGAAUGGCCGGCCGGCGCACAGCGUGGUGCUCACCCCAGCCGCCGGCCGCACCAGCCCGGGCCCCGGGAGCCUCUUGGAUCUGUGCCGCCAUUGGCCUCUCCUCCGCCUGACUCUGAUCCUGGCCUUCAUCUGGUUUGUGUGCAGCCUAGUAUAUUACGGCCUCACCCUGAGUGCGGGAGACCUUGGCGGAAGCAUCUACGUCAACCUGGCCCUGUCUGGCCUGGUGGAGAUCCCCUCCUACCCAAUCUGCAUCUACUUGAUGAACCAAAAAUGGUUUGGUCGCAAGCGGACGUUGGCCGCGUUUCUCUGCCUCGGGGGUCUGGCCUGUCUCACCGUGGUGUUUCUUCCGGAAAACACAGGCACAGGUGUGUUCUCGGUGACCAGCAGCUGGCCUGCCGCCCUGCUAGGGAAGCUGACCAUCAGUGCUGCCUUUAACACCGCCUACAUCUACACCUCAGAGCUGUACCCCACGGUCAUCAGGAACGCCGGGCUGGGCGCAUGCUCCACGUUCUCUCGGGUCGGCGGGAUGGUGGCCCCCUUCGUCCCCUCGCUGAGGCCUGUGCAGCCAUCCCUGCCCUUUCUAGUGUUUGGAGCCACGGGCCUGACCUCGGGCCUCCUGAGCCUACUAUUGCCUGAAACCCUCCACAGCCCCCUGCUGGAGACCUUCUCAGACCUGCGCUCCUACCGGCGCCUUGAGGACGAAGCAGUGUCUUUAGAGAACGUGGAGCCUCAGCCUGUGAGGAAGGACAGCCAGGAAGGGAGCCCGAGUGAGGAAGAGGAGGAGCUCUGUGAUGCCGAUGAAGAGACUCGGAUGCUCAGAUGAAGCUCACCCCGUC